AGUCAACUCGGAUGUUUUCAUGCUAGAAUUGCCACUUUGACGUGGAUGCAAAUGGACGAGGUGUUUAUGUCCUUCUCUCGGACUUACUCGCAGAGUCAGCACUCAUAUUGCAUCUGACCGCAUGACGACUUGAGAGCGAAGAAGUAUGGUUCCGUCCAUGUAAAUCGGCGAAAAUGCCCCGGAUCCUCUAUAAAAGUAGCUGUGCCACUCGACCUUCGUUCGUCAAGGCACUCCAGUCAAUCAACUGAUUCGGUGCAAUCAAUUUACGCUCUGCCUUUUGGGUUUUCUAAAUAUGAACAAACUAUUGUCCCUUGUUUCGCUGGUGGCUGUCGCCCUGCGUGCAUCAGCACAGCUCAACGAUGUCGCUAAGGGGGCCGGAAAGCUAUAUCUCGGCUCCGCAACAGACAACCCGGAGUUGACGGACACCGCUUACGUUGCAAUCCUUAGCAAUAACUCGGAAUUUGGGCAGAUCACCCCAGGAAAUAGCAUGAAAUGGGAUGCAACGGAGCCCGAACAGGGACAGUUCGACUUCACUGGAGGUCAGCAAAUUGUUGACCUUGCGCAAGGAAAUGAUCAGAUCAUCCGCGGUCACAAUUGUGUGUGGUACAAUCAGCUACCGAGCUGGGUGUCGUCCGGAAAUUUCAACGCCACUGAGUUGACAUCGAUCGUUCAAACGCACUGCGGCACGAUCGUGGGCCACUGGGCUGGACAAAUGUAUGCUUGGGACGUAAUCAACGAGCCUUUCAACGACGAUGGCACGUGGCGCAGCGAUGUCUUCUACAACGUCCUCGGUACAGAUUUCGUUCCGACUGCGCUCAAUGCCGCACGGCAGGCUGAUCCGCAAACAAAACUGUACAUCAAUGACUACAAUAUAGAAGGAGAAGGCGCUAAGGCCACUGCCAUGAUCAACCUGGUUACACAAUUGAAAAGCGAUGGUGUUCCAGUCGACGGAAUCGGACUUCAAUGCCACUUCAUCGUUGGUGAGGUUCCGACGACCUUCCAGGCUAAUAUGGAGGCUAUGACUGCGCUCGGAGUUGAGGUCGCGAUCACGGAGCUCGACAUCCGUAUGACUCUGCCUUCCACGGAUCAGUUGUUACAGCAGCAGGCUACGGAUUAUCAGAAUGUCAUCGCCGCAUGCAACGCCGUUGAAGGCUGUGUUGGUGUGACUAUUUGGGACUACACUGACAAGUACUCUUGGGUUCCGUCGACCUUUCCGGGACAAGGUGCGGCAUGCCCGUGGGACGAGAACCUGGAGAAGAAGCCUGCCUAUGACGGCAUUAUUGCUGGAUUCUGAAUGAUGGAUCUUAUUUUAUAUUAUAUAUUUG